AUGAAGGGGCCGAGGUGCCGCGCUGCGGCCGCCCCGCCGGUCGCCCGCGGGCAUGAGCCUGGGACCCGCCGGCUCCGCCGCGCCGUGUGCACCCGCCCUGGGCCGCCGCUCGCGCCGGGGCGCCAGUUGUGCUGCAGGCCGCCCGGCGCACCCCCGCCCGCCCCCGCUGGACAGAGCAGCCCUGCGGCUCCGGCCCCGGACCCUCGACCGGCAGCAAAGGCCAGCAGCCGGGCGGUCGCCUCGGCCGGGGCCGCCGCGGGGGAGUCUAGCCACGCAUUUGGAACCCGGAAGGGGCUCCGGAGGGAGGGAGGGGAUGGAAAGAAUGCGAGUGGAUCCAAACAGCGUUAUAAUCGUAAAAGAGAAACUUCAUAUUCAAAAAAUGAGAACUUUUGCAGUCAGUCCCGUCGCUCCAAUUCACAGAAAAGCAAAGCUUUUAACAAGAUGCCCCCUCAAAGGGGAGGCAGCGGCGGAAGUGGCAAACCUUUUAGCUCUUCUAAUGGUGGGAGACGAGAUGAGGUAGCAGAGGCUCAACGGGCAGAGUUCAGCCCUGCCCAAUUCUCUGGCCCCAAGAAGAUAAAUCUGAACCACUUACUGAACUUCACUUUUGAACCCCGUGGCCAAGCAGGACAUUUUGAUGGGAAUGGACAUGGCAACUGGGGGAAAAGGAACAAGUGGGGACAUAAACCGUUCAACAAGGAGCUUUUCCUACAGGCCAACUGCCAGUUUGUUGUCUCUGAAGAACAGGACUACACAGUCCACUUUGCUGAUCCAGAUACCUUGGUCAACUGGGACUUUGUGGAGCAAGUGCGAAUCUGUAGCCAUGAAGUGCCCUCUUGCCCAAUAUGUUUGUACCCACCAACCGCAGCCAAGAUCACCCGCUGUGGGCACAUCUUCUGCUGGGCAUGUAUCCUUCACUAUCUCUCCUUGAGCGAAAAGACCUGGAGUAAGUGUCCUAUUUGUUAUGGCUCUGUUCACAAGAAGGAUCUCAAGAGUGUUGUUGCUAUGGAGACACGCCAGUAUGCAAUUGGUGAUACCAUUACCAUGCAACUUAUGAGAAGGGAGAAAGGUGUUCUGAUAGCACUGCCCAAGUCUCAGUGGAUGAAUGUGGUGCAGCCUGUUUACAUCAGAGAUGACCAGCACAGCCAGUAUUCAAAGCUGCUUCUGGCAUCCAGGGAGCAGGUCUUGCAGCUGGUGAUUCUGGAGGAGAAAGCAGCAUUACUGAAACAGUAUGAGGAAGAAAAGCACACCCCAGAAGCUUGCUUUAUUGAGGCAGCUAUCCAGGAGCUGAAGGAGCGAGAAACAGCACUCUCUGCUGACCAGGAUAAAAACAAUGGCAUUGCUGGAAUCAGUGCAGCUGUGGAAGAAUUGGUCCUAGAAAGCUCCAAGGCUGUGGAGCCUGCAGUUACCCAAGAGAAAAAGUGUGGUGUGGAAUAUCUCUCUGCAUUUGAUGAGGAGCUUGUGGAGCCUUGCUCUGACCUGGCAAGUUCCUUUUCGCCUCCUGUGGAAGUAGAAGAGGCAGUGCUGGAUGAAGAGGAAGUACCUGAGGUGGACACUGUGGGGGAACCUGAUACUAACACUACGGAAGAAUCAAAUCCAGCUGAAACAAGUUACCAAGACUCUAAAGAUACAGUUAGCUCUGGACAUCUUGGCAACUCUCCUUUUUACUAUUUUUAUCAAGCGGAGGACGGGCAGUGCAUGUACCUUCACCCGGUGAAUGUUCGGUGCCUGGUCCGGGAGUACGGCAGCUUGGAGAAGAGCCCCGAGAAGAUAACUGCAGCUGUAGUGGAGAUAACUGGCUACUCAAUGACAGAGGAUAUAAGACAACGUCAUCGCUACCUCUGUCACUUGCCCCUCACCUGUGAGUUCAGCAUUUGUGAACUGGCUCUGAAGCCACCUGUCAUCUCUAAGGAGACUUUGGAGUUGUUUUCAGAUGACCUUGAGAAGAGGAAACGCCUGCGGCAGAAGAAAGCUCGCGAUGAGCGACGGCGCGAACGCAGAAUUGAGAUGGAAGAGAACAAGAAACAGGGCAAAUAUCCAGAGGUCCAUAUUGCUUUAGAGAAUCUGCAGCAGUUCCCUGCUUUUACUUCUUGCCCUGGAGAAACUACCAGCAUUGAUCAUCAGAGCUUCUGUCAGUCUCCUCUUGGCAGAAGCCCUGUGUUUCAGACAGAGUCUCUUCCAGCUCCAUUGUCACCUGCUGCCAGCCAGAUCAGCCCAUUGCUCUGUGGGAGUUUGGAAGAAGAGUCUCCCUUCCCUUCCUUUGCCCAGAUGUUGAGAGUUGGAAAGGCAAAACCAGAAACAUGGCCUAAACCUGUUCCAAAGACAAGAGAUGAGAACACUCUGGCACUCCCUGUGCCCGUGGACAGUGAUGGAGAAAGCGACAGCUCUGACCGCAUCCCUGUGCCCAGCUUCCAGAAUUCCUUCAGCCAAGCCAUUGAGGCAGCCCUCCUGAAACUGGACAAACCGUCCACGGCUGAUCAUCUGUCAGAGGAAAAGGGAGGCAAGAAAAGAAAGAAACAGAAGCAGAAGCUAUUGUUCAGCACCUCUGUUGUUCACACAAAGUGAUUCUGCUAUUCAAGAGAAGUUUCCUCUCCUGAUUUUCUUUUAAUUUUGCUUUGUUUUGCUGCUAUAGUUUUAAGUAUUUAAAUUUGAACAGCCUAAACUUGUGUUUCCAGAGCUUCUAGGGGCUUCAGAAGGAAACCAUGACUAUAUGUGUUGAAGUAACAUGUUUUGAUUCCAACUGCUUAAUGAAUUUAUACUGAAACAGAGUUUUGAAAGUAACAACCCAGAGACAAAUCCACCAAGGCUUCUAAUUGCCGAGUCAGUUCUUUGGCCUGAUAAGCAGUUUGAAAAUCUUUACAGCUGUGUAGCACUGCCAAAGUACUGCAAUAUUACCCAAGAGAAAGGGCAGAGAGCCUUUAUUUCCCUGUAGUUAAUUAUUCAUGGACAGAAGUCCAUCUGACUGACAGUGGUGCUGUUUCAGUAAAGCUGUCAAACUGCUCUCUUGAGAAACUGGUUUUGGCUGCACUGGAAACAGGCAAAAGAGCUUACUGGCUUUAGAGUGUUAGCUGCUAUAUCUGUUCUGUUUCUAAAGAGCAAGAAUUCCUCCUGUUCUCCUGGCUUGGAAAGAUUUAAAGCUGAGGUGAGUGAGUGUAAAGCAGAACUUGGCUACUUGGUUUUGAAGUGAUUCAGUGAAUUUGUGUAUUUCAAAAUGGCACUAGUGGUAGGAGGAACCUCCUGGCUUCUCUCAGUUGUUCAGCUCUGUUUUAAUGUGGGUGAGUGAGGCUGCUAAUUUUUUUUUAUUUUAUUUUUGUUUUUUGGCAAUUACACAUUCUUUGUAACCUGGUCAUAUAGAACAAACGCUCCCCCCUAGGACUUUUGGUAACACCUGAAUGAUGGUUUGACACUGGCUGCUCUUGAGUUGGAAGAACAACUGAUAGCUGAAGUCUGUAGAUAACUUUUUAUACCCCAGAAAUAAACUGGGGUUCUCUUGUACUGGGAUAAGGGCCUGUAUCUGCUUGGUUCUGGGAUGUAAAUUGAUGUGUGCUACAAACACGCCUCUUCUGGACCCCUCCCCGCUCUUUCUUUGGGUGGUCACAUUCUGCACUGCUUGUGGUUUGAUUUGAGCUCAUGAGUUAAGUGGUGUGGAUUUUGUUGAAUAAAAUGAACUCUAGGUGUAAUGUACCAGUCAAGGCCAGCAGUUGCAAUAAAUCAUAUGCACAUGCACUUCAGAGUACUAAACCCUUCCUCCUCAGCUGCAGCUGACCUGUCAGACCAGCCUGGAGCCCUAGAAAACUUAGUUCACAGAUUCAAAUUUUACCUUCCUGCUGACAAGAAUUAAUUCCAGAGAGCUGUAUAAAGUACCACUAAACUUACAGUGGCAGCCUGAGUGUCUUCUGUUGUCUUUGGCCCCACUUGUACCGGUGGUCUGCCUGCACUCCUACAGGCUUUAGCAUGCUCUUUUCCUCACACCGUGAGGAAAGUGUGUGUCUGAGGCUCCUGGAGUCAGGUAUUCCAACACCACUGGCAGUCACUGGUUGUGUCCCUGUUUGAAAGGCUGAUGUCAAUACAUGGAUGCUCAAUUCCAAAGCAACAGGCUCCACAUUACACCAGUGCUUCCUUGAGGCACAUGUGCCUCAUGGGAGGCUGCUACCAAAGAGUGCACAUCACAAAACUCAAGUGGCCGUAAACCAGAAGGAACAGGAGAGAGGGGAGGUAAAGAAUACUUCAGCUGCUGCAGGAGGAUAGAGGGAACACCUGCCAAACAUUCUUUGAAAGUAGCUUGACUUCACGCUUGGUCACAACUAACCACACUUGAUGGAAAGACAGUACAGCUUGUCAGGGACUGCAAAGAAACUAAGACAAGAUGCCUGGAAGUGGUAAUACAUCUUGCUGUCAGUGCUUUAAAUGCAUAUUGGAAAACAGUUGGUGAGGGCAGAGAAAGCAACUAAGCCAUUCAAAUAUGCAGUUAACUGUGUUCACAGUGUGUCAUUUUAAGCCAUGGAACAGGAGUAACUUAGUGUCUAACCAGUAUCUGUUGUGUUCUAUUAUCUCUGCACAUUUAUAGUCAACUUUUCUUUGCAUUGGGAAGAGAGACAGAAUAGCUGGAGCUGGUGUGAGUCACCUCCACAUGUCACAGGCACUAGGACAAGGGAAGUGAUGCGAGCAAGGCAGGCUGUCCCUUCUGCAGGGGCAGUCUCCAUAGGGACAGUGUCUUCAAUUGUAUCUUGUUUUCCUAUGGAUUCGAGAUAAUACCAGCAACGCUACUUUCCUGUAACUGAUUGGUGUAAACUUAAUAAAUAUCUAAGCAGUACUUGUA